AUGGACGAUGGUGAUUCAGUCUUCAAGUUUGAUCGGUCGGGUCCAUUCUUUUUCAUCAGUGGAAACAAAGAAAAUUGCCAAAAGGGUCAGAAGCUCAUCGUUGUUGUUUUGGCAGUCAGAAACCAUCACAAGUCUCCCCCGGUGGCCAUACCUCUGGCGUCGGUGGGUCAGACUCCGGCAUCGUCACCUUCACUAACAAAGUUCUCCCCUUCGCCGGCCUCAGCUACAACACCAUCUCCAAUAUCUCACACACCGUCGGUAACGUCACCGUCACCCACAGGAUCCUUCCCUUCGUCGGCCCCAUCCACAACACCCGUACUGUCACCAUCUCCAAUGUCUCACACUCCGCUGGCAACGUCACCCAUUUCUCCAUAUCCGGUGACUAUACCGCCGGUAAGUUCUCUGGUUCCAGCUAUAACACCCAAAUCACCUUCUCCUCCUCAGUCCUGUCUCCAACCUCAGUUGUCUCACCGGCACCGUCAAUUGCACUAG